AAAAAGCAGGUGACGGUACAUAGAACAUUUUGAUUUAUAACCAACCCGGAACAUAACUCCCGCUGAUUGUCAAACGAAGACAAACUAUCAAUAUAUACUCAACAUUUCGAUUGGAUGUUUGAAAGAUUAGUCUUAUCAUAGCACGCGAUAAUACAGAUGGCUGACUUAUCCCUUUGGCUUGGUGAAAUUGUUUACUUUCUAUUGUUGAUGCGAAAUAACGUUUACUAGCUAUAAGACAGAAUGACUGAGACCAUGAAUGUUUCAAGCAAAAGAAUGAAAGUGAUCUUGUUGGGGGACAGUGACGUAGGGAAGACGUCUUUACUGACACGCUUCAGUCAAGGCUACUUUCACAUUUGUUAUCAAAUGAUCAUCCCAGAAUACAGUAAUAAGGACGUGGACGUCUCAGGGGUAAAGGUCAAGCUACAGAUAUGGGAUACAGCUGGCCAAGGGCGCUACCGAGUAAUAAGAGAGGGUUAUUACAGGGACGUUGCUGGUAUUGUUAUAGUUUUUGACCUGACCAGCAAGUCCAGCUUCGACAACAUCUAACAUUGGUUGCAACAGGUCCACGAACAUGCUGGAGAAAAUGUUGACAUUGUACUGGUCGGAAACAAGGUUGACCUGGCCGAGAGCCGAGCCAUAGACCACGAGACGGCCUCCUGCCUGGCCCAGACCAUUGGGGCCAUGUAUGUCGAGUGUAGCGUUAAAAAUGAUGCCAACGUCGACCUGGUGUUCACAUCGUUGGCAAGCAAGUUCGCCGAUCGCGUGCCUGUCCAACAGGAAGAGCCGGUACGUUUAGAAUCAGAGACAUUUUACCAGGUUCCCUGCUUUGGUAAAGAUACAUGUUCAUCAUUCUAAGUUACAAAGAUAGCGCCGUCAAAACGCAUCAAAAUCAAAAUUGUGUAAAAACCGGGACAUUACUGAUUUUUAAUUAUCAAAAUAUAAAUAAUUCACACCGAGAUAUGUGGAAGACUUAUAUUCACUUGUUUAUACUUGAAAUCAUCUAAAUCAUUGCGCGAGCAUCCAUCAAAUAUAUUAAAUAAAAAAAAAUUAAA